CUCUCAGCUAUGCUUUGGAAUAUACCGUUGGUUGGUUAUUAGCUAUUAGCCAACGGGCGUUCGUUUGCCUGGUCACCGAAACAUCGAACAAAGAACUUUCACACCAUCUGUUACCAACUCAGCAACUAAGAGAUGGCUCAAGCAAAUCCUCUCGGCCACAUCUCCAUUGGCGUCCGCGACUACGAUGUCUCCAAGGCCUUCUACACGGCCGUGCUCGCUCCCCUCGGCAUGAAGUUAGUCUACGACAGCGAAGUGUCGUCACCAGGAACAGGGAAGGUUCGCACCCUAGGAUACGGCAUCGAUCCAGAGCACGAGCUGCUCAACAUAUUCGAAUUCGGCGAGGAAGCGGCACCGCCGGGGCCGGGGUUUCACCUGGCCUUCAACGCGCCAACCAGGGACGCCGUGGUCGAGUUCCAUGCUCAAGCGAUGGCGUCCGGCGGCAUGGAUAACGGGCUGCCGGGGGUGAGGAAACAUUACGGUGGAAGCUACUUUGCAGCGUUCGUGGUGGAUUCAGAUGGCUGGAGGCUGGAGGCUGUUUGUAAGACUUAGAGAUGACGAGUGCAGUGGUACACAUUGAAAGGAUGAGGGCGGGGAGGUAAUCAUACCUACCAUAGACAGCGGAUGAGAAUUCAAACCUCGAGGGCAACAUGUCCCCACCCUUCCUACAAACUGCGGCAGCGUGUAAGGUAUCCAUUCUUAUUGGUAACACAGAAGGCAGACUUGGAAUAGC